AGAUUCUACUGAUGUUAAUCGAUAGAUAGCACUCCUAAAUAUUUGCGUUUAAACUUUUGUUUACAAAACGUAUUUCGCAUACUUAUUUUGGUUGUAUGAACAUUAUUCAACAUUUGUUUAUUUGCAAUAUGGAUAAAACAACGUUUUACCUGCUGUUCUAUUGUUUCAUUGCCGCUGAUCUCGAACUUCCAAACGCUUAUGAAAUCGGAGACCUUUGUCAGUGCUCUGAUUCAACGCAGCCAUGGGCAGUUUCUACACCACAAUCCUCUUGGCUUUCGUCGCCAUUAGCAACGAAAGCCAACACGGUAGAUGGAACACAGACCACUGAUAUUUCGCAGAAAAUUACCGAAACUACACCUUCCAGCCGAACCUCGGAGGUGCCACAUUACGCUUACACAACAGCUGAAGAUAAACAGACAACGCCAGUAACACAGCCCCCAUCUAUAAGUUCUGGUCACAAUCCAACAACAAUUAUUACCUAUUCCCACUCUACAUCUACAAACGGAACUCAGACUACUUCAGUUACACGUUUACCCUUGACUACUACUAACGAACCACAGACAACAACUGUCACACGUUUACCCUUGACUUCUACUGACGAACCACAGACAACAACCGUUACACAUUUAUCCUUGACUACUUCUGAUGAACCACAGACAACAACUGUUACACGUUUACCCUUGACUACUACUGACGAACCACAGACAACAACUGUUACACGUUUACCCUUGACUACUACAGACGAACCACAGACAACAAUUGUUACACAUUUACCCUUGACUACUACUGACGAACCACAGACAACAACUGUUACACGUUUACCCUUGACUACUACUGACGAACCACAGACAACAACUGUUACACGUUUACCCUUGACUACUACUGACGAACCACAGACAACAACUGUUACACGUUUACCCUUGAAUACUACUGACGAACCACAGACAACAACUGUUACACGUUUACCCUUGAAUACUACUGACGAACCACAGACAACAACUGUUACACGUUUACCCUUGACUACUACUGACGAACCACAGACAACAAUUGUUACACGGUUACCCUUGACUACUACUGACGAACCACAGACAACAACUGUUACACGUUUACCCUUGACUACUACUGACGAACCACAGACAACAACUGUUACACAUUUUCCCUUGACUACUACAGACGAACCACAGACAACAACCGUUACACAUUUAUCCUUGACUACUACUGAUGAACCACAGACAACAACUGUUACACGUUUACCCUUGACUACUACUGACGAACCACAGACAACAACUGUUACACGUUUACCCUUGACUACUACAGACGAACCACAGACAACAAUUGUUACACAUUUACCCUUGACUACUACUGACGCACCACAGACAACAACUGUUACCCGUUUACCCUUGACUACUACUGACGAACCACAGACAACAACUGUUACACGUUUACCCUUGACUACUACUGACGAACCACAGACAACAACUGUUACACGUUUACCCUUGAAUACUACUGACGAACCACAGACAACAACUGUUACACGUUUACCCUUGAAUACUACUGACGAACCACAGACAACAACUGUUACACGUUUACCCUUGACUACUACUGACGAACCACAGACAACAAUUGUUACACGGUUACCCUUGACUACUACUGACGAACCACAGACAACAACUGUUACACGUUUACCCUUGACUACUACUGACGAACCACAGACAACAACUGUUACACGUUUACCCUUGACUACUACUGACGAACCACAGACAACAACUGUUACACGUUUACCCUUGAAUACUACUGACGAACCACAGACAACAACUGUUACACGUUUACCCUUGAAUACUACUGACGAACCACAGACAACAACUGUUACACGUUUACCCUUGACUACUACUGACGAACCACAGACAACAAUUGUUACACGGUUACCCUUGACUACUACUGACGAACCACAGACAACAACUGUUACACGUUUACCCUUGACUACUACUGACGAACCACAGACAACAACUGUUACACAUUUUCCCUUGACUACUACAGACGAACCACAGACAACAACCGUUACACAUUUAUCCUUGACUACUACUGAUGAACCACAGACAACAACUGUUACACGUUUACCCUUGACUACUACUGACGAACCACAGACAACAACUGUUACACGUUUACCCUUGACUACUACAGACGAACCACAGACAACAAUUGUUACACAUUUACCCUUGACUACUACUGACGCACCACAGACAACAACUGUUACCCGUUUACCCUUGACUACUACUGACGAACCACAGACAACAACUGUUACACGUUUACCCUUGACUACUACUGACGAACCACAGACAACAACUGUUACACGUUUACCCUUGAAUACUACUGACGAACCACAGACAACAACUGUUACACGUUUACCCUUGAAUACUACUGACGAACCACAGACAACAACUGUUACACGUUUACCCUUGACUACUACUGACGAACCACAGACAACAAUUGUUACACGGUUACCCUUGACUACUACUGACGAACCACAGACAACAACUGUUACACGUUUACCCUUGACUACUACUGACGAACCACAGACAACAACUGUUACACGUUUACCCUUGACUACUACAGACGAACCACAGACAACAACUGUUACACAUUUACCCUUGACUACUACUGACGAACCACAGACAACAACUGUUACACAUUUACCCUUGACUACUACAGACGAACCACAGACAACAACUGUUACACAUUUACCCUUGACCACUACUGACGAAGCACAGACAACAACUGUUACCCUUUUACCCUUGACUACUACUGACGAACCACAGACAACAACUGUUACACAUUUACCCUUGACUACUACAGACGAACCACAGACAACAACUGUUACACAUUUACCCUUGACUACUACUGGCGAAGCACAGACAACAACUGUUACACGUUUACCCUUGACUACUAAUGACGAACCACAGACAACAACUGUUACACGUUUACCCUUGACUACUAAUGAACCACAGAUAACAAAUGUUACACAUUUACCCAUGACUACUACUGACGAAACACAGACAACAACUGUUACACAAGCUCCCUUGACUCAGUCUAACGAAACACAUAGAAUAACUCUGAUGCAUGAUAGUACUUCUUAUAGUACCAACGACAAUCAGACACAAACUGCUGAAAAUACCCCAUUACCUCAUACAGAAACGCAGCCAACCACUAUUACAAAUGCUGAUACUUCUGUCACUUACAACACUGACACAACAACUUCGAUAAACGGAACAAAACCACCUACUGAAGAUGAAGCCAAUCUGAUCAGAAAACGGAGGCAGCUCGACAAAACCAACUCGGUUGUGUUUGGAGUUUGGAACAAUAAAGGAUGUCAAUGUGAACCAAAUGGUGUUGAGACACACAAGCUGGAGGAGCUCAAGAUUGCAGUACCGCUACAGGUGACAGUGAAUGCAACUUUCACUAAGGACCUUGAAAACAAAUCGACGAAGGCAUACAAAGACUAUGAGCGCGAAUUUCAUAAAAAGCUUACGGUUCAUUUUCUUGAAUUGGACGGAUUUGUAAACGUCGUUAUUAAUAAUUUCACGAAUGGUAGCAUUGUAUGUAACAGUAAAGUAAUUACGAAAGCAGACGCUAAUUUGACGAAAACAGCCAUGUUCGGUGGUGUGAUAGACUUCAACGUAACACUUAACGGAACGAAUUACGGGGCUGAUGUAAUGCAAGAUGAUUUAUCAUUCAGUCAAGACAAUAUUUCUCGCUGCAACCAUUUAGAAAGCACUCCUUGUCAGGAUUCUUACGUUCUAAAAUGUACGGCCGUUGGUGUUGUUGGGUGCGUUUCACCUUGCUUGCAGCCGAAUGCAACCGUGUGCGAAAAUAACGGCCAGUGUAUUUAUAAUUCGAAUGAGAAGAAGAUGAUGUGCAGGUGUACUGAAACCAACAGCCACACAUAUACGGGAGAUACGUGUGCGGUUGCAAUAGAGAAGUUGACAUUGGCAUCCAAGUACAUCGUAACCAUAGCAACCAGUGUCGGUGUUGUUAUGGUGAUAACGUUUGUCGUUGUUGUGGCAUGUGUUGUUCGUAGAUACAGAAGCAAGGCGGGCUUAACGGAUAAGGAUGCAGACGAGACUAUCAGGCUUGCGGAUAUUAGGUCUCGGAAGUCGUACGUCGAGCACGAGUACACACACUGGUACUCCCCCACCAAACCACUUGACACAGAUCAGUAUUUCUCAAACCACGGGUAUGACGAACUACAAGGCACAAAGGUCGUAGAGGGCAGAGUCCAUAGGGUCACAACGGAUGACAAGGGAUCUGAGACGUACAUUUACCAGCCCAGCAGACAAAAAAGCGCGCGUCUGCAACGUUCACAGUCCUGGUAUUCAUCCGCGUCUGAGAGCGAUCACUGGCAGACAAGGGAAACCUCCCCGUACGCAGACCCAAAUUUUAAGUUACAAAAAAGUCGCCCAAAUGUCAGUCAAGAAGCCAUCAGAUUCUAAAGAUAAACAAGAACAUAAUAAAGUAAUGCGCCUUUACAAAGCAUUUACUCCGACACAUGUUCCGUUGAUAAUAUCUGGUUGAUAAAUGAGUGUUUGAAUUGGUAUGAAAGUUAGCCGUUUAAUAAAUUGCUUCUAUCUUUUCCCGUUGUGUAUGUGACAAUACGCGUUAGAAGUCAAUUACGCCUUAUCUACAGAUUUAGACGCUCAAUCUUUCGGAAUGUAAACCAUUUAAGCCUAGUGGACUCUCCCAUCCUUCUAAAUUGGAACAAUUUAUUUCCAAAAUUAGGGAUGUCUAGUAUAUUUUUUUCUUUACUUAGAAUAUUACUUACAGAAAAUUCUUUAAGCAAACAGCGCAGAACCUGAUGAGACGACGCAUCAUGCGGCGUCUCUUCUGGGUCUACGCUGUUUGCCAAGGCCUUUUUCUAGACGCUAGGCAUAAAUGGGUUGAUAUUCGAUAUAAAGUUUAGUUACGAUGAACUUUUGUUGUUUCUAAAUCUUAAAAAGAAAGUUAAACUGAAUAAUAUCAACUUUAUCACA